CAGUAAAAUUCCUUCUAUGCUAUUUUCCUAUGUUGUUGUAUCUAUAAAGAGAGAGUGAACAUAAAUUCAUGCAUGAUACAUUGGACAAAUUAAUUUGUCCAAAUUUGUAUUUCAUUUAUAGAUUCAUGCUUACAUUUUGUUUGCAAUUUGCCAAGCACUAGCAGUUCAGUGAGUAUUUGUUAUGAAAUAUUAAAAAAAGAAAGAAAAUAAUUGUCCUUUAUUAUGAGUGUCCAAAUACAAUGGAAACAAAUUUUAUAAUUGUAAGAUCUGUUUAUUUAAAACAGGUUUCUGAAACAGCUUUCUUAUUUGCAAUAUGCUCUUUGGUUUUCUUUUAUAUUUAUGGCAAUAGAGUGUGGUGACAGUGGUCUAGACCAUGUUCUUUCAUUACAUUGAGAGAAACAUGAGUUGUAUCCCAAUGACGGAAGGCAAUUUCCUUCAGCCAGAAAAUCAUCAAUUAUGUGUUGCACUCAGCAAUUUCAUCUUGAGGUGAAAAUUUGAAAAGAUGUGCUUCAUCUUGAAGUCAAGGAUGACUCAUUUGGUGAUUUCAAGUACGGUGUUGAAAUCUUGUGUUGGUGUUGUCACAACACCAGCCACAACACCGUACUAGAAAGCAGGCAGGUGUUGAGAUUGACCUCGGAAAAUAUGAUGUAUUUCUGGCAGUUCGUGUUGAAGGCUGGUGUUGAAUGUUGUCUGCCGAACCCAGCAGGUGUUGACGAUCUACGUGUAAUUUCCCCAUUCACCAACACCAACCCCCAGCGAUUGGGAAAAUCAUGAUUUCAAGUUCGGUGUUGGUUUUGGUGUUGGCUAUCUCGAGCUCACGGACAGGCGGCGAACACGAUAAAAUAUCCCAGUAAAAUCAGCUUUUACAGUUAAGAUGAGUACAAAUCAUUUAAGCUUUAUAUAUUUUGAUAAUUGCUUUUUGGAAUUCUUGAAUUGAUUAAAGCAUUGGCAUUCUGUACGAUGAGAAUUUAUUGCAAUUUCUCCCCGAUUUCACUUUUGUCGUUGAGAAUUCUCAUGUACAGUUUAGAUGAUUUAGCAGCAUAGCGCAUAGGUAUGAUGUCUUGGGCUAUCGAUAACACAAUCAGUAUCGAUCUUCUGAACCCAGCUUGGUGUUGGAGCUCAGUUCUGCUGCCUUUUUACACUUUCAAAUCCAACACCGAACACCGUACUUGAAAUCACCCAUUGAAUCUUUUAUCUUUCAAACCCAAAUUUGUUCCCAAGGCAUGGUUUAUUACUGGAUUGUGAUAUGUGAAUAGAAUGAGAAUUUCACAUGAUUUUUUUUCUCCUAGAAUUUGGAAAUUAAACUAAUAAUCUGAAUAUGAUUUCAGUGGAAAUAUUAUUGAAAUUUAAUUAGUGUCCCAGUAGCUUGAUGUAAAUUGUCCACUGCAAUUCAUCCAGUCACACAAACUAUUACACAUCAACAAUUCUACUCAAACUUCCCUGUGGAUUCCAGCCAAGAUUUCACAUGACAUUUUGUCAGUAAAUCUUACACCGCUGGAAUCCGUCAGUGCCGUUACUAACACAAUUAUUGUAUCCUAGAUACCUGUGUAGUCCCACACUAUCAUCUUCGUGUUUGUGUGAAUCUCUGCUUUUCUUUUCUACUUUGUUUAUCCAGGUUCCUCUGUGUUGUUUUCAUAGUGUGCUCUUAAACAAGAAGAUCUUGAGAUUAGAUGAUAUCAAGGAGAGUGAUCUUAAUGACUUGAAAAGCAAGCUGAAGGUUGAGAUCAAGUCUCUACUGGCUGUACCAAUCAUCAACCAAGCUACCUCUAAAGUGGUGGGUGUUGCUUGUGCAAUCAAUAAACGAGGUGCAAAGAAAUACACAAAUGCAGACAUUGACGUGAUCAAACAUUGCUUCAAAUACACAGUACCUGUCCUGACGAGUACAUUAGCCCUACAGAAAGAAACACAGCUAAAGCAUGAAACACAGUGCAUGCUUCAAGUAGCCAAGAACCUCUUCACGCAUCUUGGUAAGUUCAAAGAUGAUGCAAUCCUCUGGUCUCAGAUGCCCUUAGAAUUAGCUUCCUUGAAUGCACAGAUCAAUCUGCAUGCCCCUCAUAGCUUAGACGUCAUCCCUUUGUCAAAGGCUCCUCUUUUCACCUUCCAAGUGUCUUUCGAAGGAACAGAGUUAGAUGUAGGCUUAGAGAGUCUUGAGAGUUGUGAUUCUUUUGGGCGUGUGAGAGGGUGGAGGGAUAUGUCGGAAAAAGAGGUCGAGAGUGUGGAGGAGUUCUUGCAUCUUGAGAGGUCACUGAUAGCAAGCAAGGGAGCAACUGAUGAUGGGGUUUCAGACGGAUCAGACAGCAGUAGCACUUGCAGUCAAGGUAGUCUGGUUGGAUCGUCAAGCUCUAGCAGUGCAGGAAGCCGACGGGUACUCUGGGAUAGUAUGGAGACUGAAACUUUGCAAGCAUUGACUGAGCUUGGUUUUGGAAGUAGUGUGUCGUUACAAGGAGACAGGUACCCAUUAUUCAAGGUUGCCAAGUCCUCGGGGACUUCUAGUAGCUCUAUUAUCUGUGCCAAGUCGAUAUGUAGCUCUGACAGUUGCCCCCAUUCCAGUACUACCACUCUUGCCGUACCUUGUGAAUCCUUGGAAGUUCUGACCUCAAAGCCAUCAGUCAGUCUUGUGGAUCAUAAGGGCAGUGCCAAGAGUAUCCUAUGUGAAUGUUGUUACAGGAGAGCUUCAGAUGACAUGAAAUCUGAAGGUCCUCAGCAUGAUCAGCAGCAGCUACCUUCAUGUAAUAAAAAGACAAUCCCCAAGGUCAUACUGACCACCCCAGGUCUUUCAGAGUGUCUUUUGUUUGAGGAUUUCAAUGAUGUUAUUCCAUGUGAAUGCUACGUGUCACCAAGUGGUCACCUUCUGCAUACUGUCCCUGCUUCCGGUCAAACCGUUGGUGCUGGCAUCAAGCCAGACACUGCAAGCAUUGAUCAUCAGUUCUCUGCAAAUGAUCCUGUCCCUGAUCCCCAAAGUAACAAUUCCUAUAAGGUGUUCCAGAGCUCCAAGGCCCUUCUAGGGACAGAUGACGCUGAUAGAUUGCUGUGUACUAGAGGUUCUACCUUCCAGCUUGACUGGAAUUCAUCCAAUGUCGAAAUUCAGCAGAUCCCUCAGUCAAGCCUCCCAGUUUCCAAAGGUCCAAGUCUCCAAGGAACAUGUAGGUGGGCUGUUCUUGGUUCUUGUUCUUGGUUCUACAGUUGUUGAUUCAGUUUUCAUCUUGACUUUUAGAGUUCUAGUUGGAAUUUUUAAGUAUAACCCAAUUUCCCUGGUCAUUGAAUGUUGUAUUGAUUUUCAGUGUUCACAGCAUUUUGCUGUAGUUCUUGUAAUUAAAACUCUCAGGAAACCUGGGGAGUGUUUCAUAAAACAAAUAGUGAUAAAUUUGCUCUGAGCCAAAUCAGAUGCAAUGAUUUUUGUAGCUUGUAACAUGAAUUAAAAUCACGAUCUCUUUUGUGAAAUACUUCCCAGGACAAUGUUUUGCCUUUACAGUUCAAGUUGACCUGUUUGAAUUUCACUACAUUUCAUAGUUCUUUGGCUUUAUCAGUAUUGUUGCUAAACAUGUAAUAUCACAGUGCUCUUUAGAACAAGGUUCUAGCCAUUACAAAGAAUAGCUCAAUGGUCAACCAUCUUCAAUG